AUGCCGAAGCGUGCGCGCCAGCCCGGACUUCAUGAAAGCGAACUACCUUCUUGUACCUUCAAGGAGUGGCAGACGGAGAUUUCCGAGAAGUGGUUUGCUUCCGACACAGCCUUCCAAAAGUUCGUGCUACAUCGGCCAGUACUCGACCCACAUGGAGACUGCGUCUCUCUCACCGUCCGUGCAAUCGCUAUCUUCAUGAGAUUUGGAAUUGCCUUCCAGAUCAAGAAGUGCACCCGAUGUGGAAAGGAAGCUUCCUUCGAAGAACGGACUUCGCGCGGGUGGACCACGUAUGGCUACACUUGCAAGCGUGUGGGCCACAAGCACAUGGAGCUCAAUCUCAACAAGUUCGGGUUCCUGACCAAAGUCCCUGUCAACUCAUGGAUGCCUUUCCUACAUUUCAUGAACCUUCUUCGGCUUGGUCGCAGCUACAAAGCGAUCAUUCAAGAGCUGCAGGCUGGGUACGGUAACAUCUGCGUGGCUACCUUGAGGCGAUGGAGGGCCAUUUAUCAAGAGGCUCUUGGAGGAGCUCUACAUGAGAUGGGGGCUUUGAAAGUUGGAGGGCGAAAUGAGGUCGUGGUGUUAGACGAGUGCAUCGUCGGGAUACAUCCAGAAGACGGCUGGGCAUUGGGGUCAAAAGGAAUCAACAAAGCAGGCGCGGAGCAAAACCGCAAAUCAGAACGAAAGGAUGUCAACAAGCUCGUCCACCAUGGUGCUAUGAAAAGACUUCCAGCUCGAACUCUCCUACCUGGUGAGAAAGCAGUGUCCUCCUCGUCUAUCCUCAUCAAGAAGAAGCCCGCUUCAGUCUCCAGGGUGCAGAAGAAACCUUCGUCUGUUCUCAAGAAACCUGCCAAGGCGCAUCCCGCCAAGAUUGCCAAGAAACCCUCUGCUAACUUGAAGAAGAACGGCAAGUGGCUUUGGGUUGCUGUCGUGGUCGGCAAGGGGAAGGCAGUCUUCACGCACGCAAACAGGAAAAAACGAGUCACAUACCGUCUUCUUCCCCGCAGCUCUCAAGCAAGCCAAGGAAAACCUCGUGGAUUUCAGGAAAUGAGUGCAACUGUACAGUCUAGGGUGGUAAAGGGCAGCUAUCUCGUUUUUGAUGGGUGGGCUGCAACUAACAAGGCCGUGAACGCUUUGGGGUACAAAUGUGCUCCCCCUGUAAACCAUGAGAAAUGGUUCCGGGAUCGUGUGACAGGGUUCCACACCAAUGAUGCUGAAAGCGAGAACAGCAGGCUAAAGGCAUGGUCUCGUGCCAGGUAUGGCAAGCUCCAUAUUGAUGCUCAUGAGAUGGAUGAGUACGUGUUCUACAUUAAUGUUACGGGCAGGGCAUGCCUCAAGGGCCAGAAGGUGAGACUGACGUUAUCUCCAUCAGAACCCGUCAAGAAGCGUAGCAAACCUGGAGAGCCUCACAUUUACGUGCACAAGGUUCCAGAUGCUGAGGAAGUACUUGCAAAAGUAACCCGCGGGGACCUGCAGUGCCACGAGUCCAGGCUCCCGCUCUCUGCACACGACAUACGCGUCAUGAUCAACAACAUCCAAUUGUCAUUUGGUCUUCGUCAUCCAUCGCCUCCGUGGUCAUUGAGUGCCGACAAUCGCUUGCAGGACACCCUGCUCAAAGCCAAGCGUGCUGGACGAAAGCAACAAGUUGCUAUCCCCGAUAAGGAGAGUCGCCCAGCCAUUGGGAACGACAACGAGCAUCAGGAAGACCUCCAUGCCAUGCCGGUCAUUGUGCCCAUGAACACGAACGAGCCCGAUGUCCCCGCCAUUGGGAACGACAACAAGCAUCAGGACAACAUCCAUGCCAUGCCCGUCAUGAUGCCCAUGAACAUGGACAUGAGUGAGGCACAAGCGGAACUACCCACAGAAGAGGUUCACAUUGAUGACAUCGGGCCACCCCCGGUGGUGGAGGGCACUGGAGCCAACGCAAAUCGCAGCGAACCCAUCGAAGUAGCGCAGAUGCCGCCCCAGCCACGCAUGUUGGAUGAAGCUAUGACCAAGUACGGCUCAAAAGAUUGGGUCCUGACCGAGCUGCCUCGUCCAACAUACACCAACAACUUGGACGGCAACCUGGAGUUGCAGGAUCUCCUGACAUAUUCCUGCAGGACAGACUUAGCAUCCAAGACGUGUACCGUGAUCUUGGACGUCCACGUCGGCAUGACCGAGAUUGGCAACCUCGCAACCAUUUCUGAAAAGAUCGUCCAGCACGACUACAGCUUGCUUCCACCGCAACUACGCCCUUCCGACUCCAUGCCCCGUGACGCCGCCGUGUCCUACAUCAUGCGCAACCUCGAGGACGGCGCUAUGAAUGUAGUCCGUGUCUUCAAGUUUGCGAGCAAGACCUCUGUGAAAUAUGCGGUGGGUUUGUGUAGUGGAAAAGCGCAUUUCCCUGCAUGGCGGCAAGGCCCAUGGGCAUGGAAUAAAGCAGUCCACUCCUUACUUGACCGUCUUCCAGGCCAUCACGUAGUGUGGUGGUCUCUGAACAACAAGAAGGACAAGCCAGAGGUCAGUCGUUCUUCAACCCAGGCAUGGUCUGUGGAGGAUGAGGAACUCAUGGCAGGGGUAGACUACAUCAACAAGAACGCGCCAGAGGACGACUCGGAGAACCAGCAGUACGUUUGGAUUUUGCGGAACAUCCACUCGCACAGCGGGUCCCCCAUCAGCAACUGGCCGGAAUCUAAGGUCCUUCGCAUGGCACAAAACAAGAGCAGAGGCACUGCCGGGGCUACUUCCUUGAGCUUCUUUCCGAUGACCGUGCGAAGCGUGAAGCCCUGGAUGAGCACCUUCCUUCUACCACUCGUCAUGCCACUCCUGACCUCCUAUGGAAUGAUCACGCUUGGCUGGCCCGGGGUGGGGAAAACUCCAUUCCUUAUCUUGUUGUGCCUCGCAAUUGGUAGGUAUCACAUCACUCGUCUCGGUCUUGAAGGUGUUCGUCCAGCUUGGCGGCGAGCGAAAGCGAUCGACAACUUUCGCCACAAAACUGGACAGGUUCACGAAGGCCUCAUACUAGACGAUCCAUCGGUGGAGAAACUCGAUGCGGCUGACAUGAAGUCAUGGCUGACAUCAGAGGAGGACCAAAAUUGUUCGGGGCGCUACAAUGACGUCAAGCUCGUCCGGAAUGGAAUGCGAGCGUUGUCCUCAAACAAUCUCAAAGAGGAGGAUGAACCCUUGAGCGAGCGAUGGCAAACAUCCAUCACGUGGGACGAGUUUUACAAGCUCGUGCAGAAGUUCUUUUGCUCCUACCCAGACCUCGAUGUUCUCGCCAUUCUUAAAAGGACCGUCGUCCUCGUCUUCGGCAAGCGUGCGUUGUACCUCCGCCUACCCAGUGGAGAGAAAGACGCUCCCAUCCACUUGAUUCGGAUUGACGAUUUGCAUGGGGAUCUUUUCUCAGAUAGAGACAAGCCUUACUACGCCAAGUACAAGCAAGGCAUCCACGAAUUACCCCCGACCUUUGCUGAUGAUGUGGAGGUGGAACAAGGGAAUGGAGUCGCUUCAGCCCGUCAUCGCGCCCAGUACAUCUACCGUCGUCUCCAUCAACCGAUGAAGAAGCUCGCGUACCAGUCCCCGACCCAGAAGCGUUACCAGUUCGCUGCACGAAGCCACCAGGUCGACUUGGGCAAUUCAACCUACCUUCCACGAAGCGUUCUGCCGGACCAAGAAGAGACGCAGCUAUUGGAUCCAGAAGAGGAGGAGUGGCAGACGGAGAUUUCCGAGAAGUGGUUUGCUUCCGACACAGCCUUCCAAAAGUUCGUGCUACAUCGGCCAGUACUCGACCCACAUGGAGACUGCGUCUCUCUCACCGUCCGUGCAAUCGCUAUCUUCAUGAGAUUUGGAAUUGCCUUCCAGAUCAAGAAGUGCACCCGAUGUGGAAAGGAAGCUUCCUUCGAAGAACGGACUUCGCGCGGGUGGACCACGUAUGGCUACACUUGCAAGCGUGUGGGCCACAAGCACAUGGAGCUCAAUCUCAACAAGUUCGGGUUCCUGACCAAAGUCCCUGUCAACUCAUGGAUGCCUUUCCUACAUUUCAUGAACCUUCUUCGGCUUGGUCGCAGCUACAAAGCGAUCAUUCAAGAGCUGCAGGCUGGGUACGGUAACAUCUGCGUGGCUACCUUGAGGCGAUGGAGGGCCAUUUAUCAAGAGGCUCUUGGAGGAGCUCUACAUGAGAUGGGGGCUUUGAAAGUUGGAGGGCGAAAUGAGGUCGUGGUGUUAGACGAGUGCAUCGUCGGGAUACAUCCAGAAGACGGCUGGGCAUUGGGGUCAAAAGGAAUCAACAAAGCAGGCGCGGAGCAAAACCGCAAAUCAGAACGAAAGGAUGUCAACAAGCUCGUCCACCAUGGUGCUAUGAAAAGACUUCCAGCUCGAACUCUCCUACCUGGUGAGAAAGCAGUGUCCUCCUCGUCUAUCCUCAUCAAGAAGAAGCCCGCUUCAGUCUCCAGGGUGCAGAAGAAACCUUCGUCUGUUCUCAAGAAGCCUGCCAAGGCGCAUCCCGCCAAGAUUGCCAAGAAACCCUCUGCUAACUUGAAGAAGAACGGCAAGUGGCUUUGGGUUGCUGUCGUGGUCGGCAAGGGGAAGGCAGUCUUCACGCACGCAAACAGGUAUGGCAAGCUCCAUAUUGAUGCUCAUGAGAUGGAUGAGUACGUGUUCUACAUUAAUGUGGGGGACAAUAUGCUUGAUGUUUUUCGCGGUCUCGCCAUGUCGAAUGGUUACGGGCAGGGCAUGCCUCAAGGGCCAGAAGGUGAGACUGACGUUGUCUCCAUCAGAACCCGUCAAGAAGCGCUCCCGCUCUCUGCACACGACAUACGCGUCAUGAUCAACAACAUCCAAUUGUCAUUUGGUCUUCGUCAUCCAUCGCCUCCGUGGUCAUUGAGUGCCGACAAUCGCUUGCAGGACACCCUGCUCAAAGCCAAGCGUGCUGGACGAAAGCAACAAGCUGCUAUCCCCGAUAAGGAGAGUCGCCCAGCCAUUGGGAACGACAACGAGCAUCAGGAAGACCUCCAUGCCAUGCCGGUCAUUGUGCCCAUGAACACGAACGAGCCCGAUGUCCCCGCCAUUGGGAACGACAACAAGCAUCAGGACAACAUCCAUGCCAUGCCCGUCAUGAUGCCCAUGAACAUGGACAUGAGUGAGGCACAAGCGGAACUACCCACAGAAGAGGUUCACAUUGAUGACAUCGGGCCACCCCCGGUGGUGGAGGGCACUGGAGCCAACACAAAUCGCAGCGAACCCAUCGAAGUAGCGCAGGACUUGUACCUGGCAAACGACGCCCUUGGCCUGAACAAGCACACUGGCCUAACAUUUGUGUACAAAGAAGUCCAGUUCCUGCCACUUCAGAUGCCGCCCCAGCCACGCGUGUUGGAUGAAGCUAUGACCAAGUACGGCUCAAAAGAUUGGGUCCUGACCGAGCUGCCUCGUCCAACAUACACCAACAACGUGGACGGCAACCUGGAGUUGCAGGAUCUCCUGACAUAUUCCUGCAGGACAGACUUAGCAUCCAAGACGUGUACCAUGAUCUUGGACGUCCACGUCGGCAUGACCGAGAUUGGCAACCUCGCAACCAUUUCUGAAAAGAUCGUCCAGCACGACUACAGCUUGCUUCCACCGCAACUACGCCCUUCCGACUCCAUGCCCCGUGACGCCGCCGUGUCCUACAUCAUGCACAACCUCGAGGACGGCACUAUGAAUGUAGUCCGUGUCUUCAAGUUUGCGAGCAAGACCUCUGUGAAAUAUGCGGUGGGUUUGUGUAGUGGAAAAGCGCAUUUCCCUGCAUGGCGGCAAGGCCCAUGGGCAUGGAAUAAAGCAGUCCACUCCUUACUUGACCGUCUUCCAGGCCAUCACGUAGUGUGGUGGUCUCUGAACAACAAGAAGGACAAGCCAGAGGUCAGUCGUUCUUCAACCCAGGCAUGGUCUGUGGAGGAUGAGGAACUCAUGGCAGGGGUAGACUACAUCAACAAGAACGCGCCAGAGGACGACUCGGAGAACCAGCAGUACGUUUGGAUUUUGCGGAACAUCCACUCGCACAGCGGGUCCCCCAUCAGCAACUGGCCGGAAUCUAAGGUCCUUCGCAUGGCACAAAACAAGAGCAGAGGCACUGCCGGGGCUACUUCCUUGAGCUUCUUUCCGAUGACCGUGCGAAGCGUGAAGCCCUGGAUGAGCACCUUCCUUCUACCACUCGUCAUGCCACUCCUGACCUCCUAUGGAAUGAUCACGCUUGGCUGGCCCGGGGUGGGGAAAACUCCAUUCCUUAUCUUGUUGUGCCUCGCAAUUGGUAGGUAUCACAUCACUCGUCUCGGUCUUGAAGGUGUUCGUCCAGCUUGGCGGCGAGCGAAAGCGAUCGACAACUUUCGCCACAAAACUGGACAGGUUCACGAAGGCCUCAUACUAGACGAUUCAUCGGUGGAGAAACUCGAUGCGGCUGACAUGAAGUCAUGGCUGACAUCAGAGGAGGACCAAAAUUGUUCGGGGCGCUACAAUGACGUCAAGCUCGUCCGGAAUGGAAUGCGAGCGUUGUCCUCAAACAAUCUCAAAGAGGAGGAUGAACCCUUGAGCGAGCGAUGGCAAACAUCCAUCACGUGGGACGAGUUUUACAAGCUCGUGCAGAAGUUCUUUUGCUCCUACCCAGACCUCGAUGUUCUCGCCAUUCUUAAAAGGACCGUCGUCCUCGUCUUCGGCAAGCGUGCGUUGUACCUCCGCCUACCCAGUGGAGAGAAAGACGCUCCCAUCCACUUGAUUCGGAUUGACGAUUUGCAUGGGGAUCUUUUCUCAGAUAGAGACAAGCCUUACUACGCCAAGUACAAGCAAGGCAUCCACGAAUUACCCCCGACCUUUGCUGAUGAUGUGGAGGUGGAACAAGAGAUGCUACACAGGGGAAUGGAGUCGCUUCAGGCGGCCGGCCUCCCGGAAGUUUACAUCUCGGAUGUCAACUCAACCAUUGCGUCCAAGCUUAGCCCGUCAUCGCGCCCAGUACAUCUACCGUCGUCUCCAUCAACCGAUGAAGAAGCUCGCGUACCAGUCCCCGACCCAGAAGCGUUACCAGUUCGCUGCACGAAGCCACCAGGUCGACUUGGGCAAUUCAACCUACCUUCCACGAAGCGUCGCCUGACAAGCAAGACAUCUGUCGCAGUCCCCGUAGAGGAGUUCCACGCUGCAGGCCCCGAGGUGAAGUCCAUGCCGUCUUCGUCUUCCCGUCAAAAGGUUCUGCCGGACCAAGAAGAGACGCAGCUAUUGGAUCCAGAAGAGGAGGCCGCCUUGAUCUUGCAUGGCUGA